AUGAAGGGAUUCGGUGCCUUGACCAAGGGCCAAAAGUAUGCGCACAUCAUCCGCCGCUCCGCCACCGCCUUCUACCGCGCCUGCGACGACCUCCACGCCAACUCACGAUGGUGCCUGACCGGCACGCCCAUCCAAAACAAACUCGCCGACAUCGGCGCGCUCUUCGCCUUCAUCCGCGCCGAGCCCUUCACGCGAGCGUCCGUCUUCCGCAAGUGGAUCGAGAUCCCCUUCGAGCAGAGCCUCGAGAACUCGACCGCCGUCAAGAACCGCCUGGUGAUGCUCCUCGAGGCGCUCUGCCUCCGCCGCACCAAGGACGCCGUCCAGCUGCCGGGGCUCCGCCAGCGCAUGCGCACCCUCGAAUUCUCCCCCGCCGAGCGCGAGCAGUACGAAAACACCAAAAAGACCCUCGCGCGUACCAUCCGCCAGCGCGCGGGGGGAGCCGAGAAGAGCUCCAAGUUUGGGCUGUUCCAGGCGAACUUGCAGAUGCGCCUGUUGUGCAACCACGGCACGUUCCAGAAGCCCUUCUCGUGGCACAGCCGCAGCCCGCUGGACGAACGCGAGGUGGUCGUCUCCGCGCUGGGCCAGACCGGCGAGAUCACCUGCUCUGUCUGCCAGCUGCCCAUGCCAAUUCUGGGGUCCAGCUGGCUGGGCAACGGCUUUGGCGCGCAGUGCGCUCAUGUUCUCUGCGCCGAGUGCAUCGAGGAGUCGAGCGUGCCGGGCGCUGGGGGGCCGACGCAGCAGUGUCCGGUAUGUGUGCGAUGGCGUACACAGGCGCGGGCUGGGGGUGGUGGUGUCGCCACUGAGGACGUGGCCAUGCCGGACUGGUCGGCCGGGGAGGCGGUUGAGGAUAAUGAUGAUGACCACUAUUUUAGCGCCGGGGGCCACUCGACGAAAAUGCUGGCGUUGGUCGAGGAUGUUAAGAAAGACCUGAUGACGACAAAGAGAACGUUGCACCUGCUUUCCAAGCACCUAGACCGAGCCAACAUUCCUUACCUCCGCAUCGACGGCGGGUGUCCCGUCCCGCAACGACAGGCCAAGCUCGACCAGUUUUCCGAAAGCGAUGAGAAGCGAGUGCUGGUCAUGACGACUGGAACGGGUGGAUUCGGACUGAACCUGACCUGCGCUAACCGUGUCUUCAUCAUCGAGCUGCAGUGGAAUCCUGGCGUAGAGAGCCAGGCCAUUGCGCGCGCCGUCCGGUUGGGGCAGGAGAACGAGGUAUACGUGACACGUUACGUGAUCCGGGACACCGUGGAAGAGGAAAUGAGGUCCCAGCAGCGGUGGAAGAUGCAGGUCGCGGCUUUAGGAUUUGAAGAGGCGCCGGAUGUGAUUGAUGAUGAAGAGAGAGUGUCCUAG